UCAGCUACAGCAGUAGUAGUUGUUGUUGUUGUUGUGUUUUGCCUAUGGAUACUGUAACUUCACAUUUUCACUAAAACCUUUUUAUUCAUUUCAGACAACUUAUAAUAAUCGACUGUCAAAUUGUAGUUCACUCUGAAGACUUAUUAAAUGGCCACUGUUUCUGGAUUUGGAAUAACACGUUCAUUAAUUCAUGCAUUUGAUCCACAUGGUAAACAUUACACACCAACAAUUAAACCAACAACUGGUUUUUCAGCAUCAGCUGAUGCUGAACGAUUACAUCGAGCUAUGAAAUGUCCAGGCACAGAUGAAACAGCAAUUAUCAACAUAUUGGCACGUAGAACAAAUUAUGAACGUCAAGAAUUAUGUCGAUCAUACAAAAGUUUAUAUAAACAUG